AUGUCGCCUAGUGCCAGAAGUUUUUUAUCAAUCCUCGGUGCAUUGCUAUUCCUUUUCGGUUACGUGCAGUGUGAAAGCCAUAAAGUGGAGCAGUCUCGCACUCCUAAGCUAAUGCAAUUUUUGAGUGACCCGAAGCCACAACUCAAUCAAAAUCAAAACCGCUUCACUAAUCAGGGACCGCGUAUUCGAGCAUAUUCGCGUGGCGACAAUGUGCCUCCCGUUCGGUCGGCUGUUUCACAUGGACUGCCCUCUGCAUUGCGACCCCCGCCACCGCCUGCUGGACCCCAGAUAAUGCGACGCGUCCAUAGUGGCAACUCAAUAUUUGUCGGACCGCCGCAUCUGCAGCAGCAGCAGGGCUAUCAAUACGAUCCGGCUAAGGCAUCUCGUUACGCACACGCCAAGGACACCCCAGUGCUCGAUAUAGGCAAGAAUCAGUUUUAUCGGCCUGAGCUGAACCAACAUCUAAAUAAUGUGCAGUACCCCUCCGAACAGUAUAUACACAAUUUUAAAGCUUCGCCCAGAUUCAAUGGCAAUGUCGUACUUAAGGAUCAGCGUAAUCAGUUUAACGCGGAAAACCCACCAUCCUAUACACCUAUUCAGCAAUACGCGAUUCCCGUGCAAGCACCUCAGUACGCAUCGAUCCCGCAGUAUCAACGGGACGGCUACAGUGUCGUACCCUCGAAGCAAACGUUGGUGCAUCAGAGCCAAACGCCCCAAAGAGACGCCAGCUACUCAGUUUAUGAGGAGGCUGAUCCAAAUGCAGUUCGUGAAUCAUCAUAUAAUCCAGGACUCGGUCACCAACAGCCUGCAGCGAUCAUUCCUCCGCUUGUUUCCAAAGAAGCACAGCAGUAUUUGCACUUCAUGAGCACAAAUGAGUACUUCCUGCCAAAACGCGAUCCGAACUACAAACAGUUGGACUCAGAUCACGAUCAAGUUCGUUAUCACCAAGAAAUACAACAGCAACAGCAACAACAACAACAGCUGUACCAGAAACAUGCUCCACUGCAGCACCAACAGCAAGGGGCAUCGCAGCUACAGAACUCGCCAGCUCACAUUUCAGAUAGCAGCGUCUCUUCCAGUUACAAUCAACCCAUAAAGGUAUCUGAACUCUUCUACCAACAAGAUCCGGCACCCCGUAACUCGGCGGUAGUUCGCGGCAGCUAUCAAACGAGUCAGAACGCUUUUAUAGUAAAGUCUGAUGGUAACAAGGCUGUCAAGCAUAUUGUCUCUACCCCAUUGGCUACCCAGAGCACAACUACUCAAAGUCCUCCUGCCACAUCCUACAGUCAGGUUCGACACAAUGGACACAAAGCUCAAACGCCUGAGCCGCUGCGCUUUGAAUUCACAGAGCAGGACGCUAUAGGUGGUUCAUCAAGCUAUACCCGUUCACCUUCAAGUCAGCAAUAUUACUAUGAAACUAUUGUUUCUACACCUACACCACGUCCGACUCUUGCUCUGAGCAAUCCUGCCCCUGUCAUCACCAAGCCAGUUAGCGAAAUUGCAGACGAUGCGGAAGAUAGCGCUGAUGUGGAACAAUCAGCUCCCGCAAGUCUCACGCCUCUGCCAACUACACCAGUUACACCUCCAGAGCCACCCACCGAUCCAAAAGAUAUUGAAGCGUAUUGUGAGAAAAUCUGCGCUAAUGUCUAUGAUGAGAAUGAUCAAAUAAUAUGUGGCUCUGAUGGAUACAUGUACACUGGAGAAGCACAAUUGGAAUGCUACUCGUCUUGUCUAGGCAUUGAGGUGUCCAUAAAGAGUAAAGGCUCUUGCAGUACGCUUUAG